UUGCUCUUCCCACAGAAAGGUUCAAGAUUCUGAAUUAAAAGAAAAAUAAAUAAUCUUUUACCUUUUUCAUGGAUAAGAACUCUAAAAAUCCUGCAACAAUGGUGGCAGCCUUGCAUCAGAGAUGCAUGAAUCUCUUCAAUAUCUCCAACUUGAAAUCCCUCCUUUCCCUCUGUCUCAACUAUUCUCCAACGUUUUAAGUGCACUGCAAAUCUUGCAACAUGGCUAACAAAUGGAUGACUUUCCAUAAAUCUCUUCUCUUUGCUUUCUUUCUUCGCUUUGGAUUCCUUUCAUUACCUCCAGCACAUACCUUUCUGUUCUCAUUCUCAUUGAAUCAACCCAUUUCGAUCAAAUCGCCGCCCAAUUCUGAUCUCUGCAACUCCACGAGUUUCUUGAUCAGACCCCACCCCAGGUUUUGCCCCGCCAUUCUCAACCCACUAUUUCCUGAAUCGCCUUGUUACCUGGCUAAUCUCUGCAAUCGCUGGCCGAAUGGAGACAAAGAAUAAGGGGAGUAGAGAGUGUUCCCUCUGCGGCUGCAAUCGCCUAAAAUGGGAAGUAUUCCCACCUCUCUCUCCCUCUUCCUCGAAGGAUCGAGGCAAAAUAAGGAGAGGAAAAAUCUAAAAAGAAUCUCCUCGGGCAAAAGAAACUCUAAACCUGAGUCGGAGGAGGAGAUUGAAUGGAAUAUUUCUUUAAAGUUGGGACGCCUGAGUCGGAAGAGGCAAUCCUUAGGUGAUCUUCGUCGUAAGAGGAGGAGAUUGAUCGGAAUAUUUCUUAAAUGUUGGGUCGCCUGAGUUGGAAGAGAAGCCCUAAAUCUUCGAUUUUAUGUUGGGUCGCAUGAAUAGGGGGUUUUUACGUCACAGGGUGAAACAGUCAGUUUACCUUGAGGGAGGUAAACUUGUUAUUUGCAAAAUAACAACAGUGACAUGUCAUCACUUGUUAUUUAAAAAAAAAAAGAAUAUAUACAUUCCAUUUUUUAUUUUGUAGGAUAGCUUUUAAGAUAAAUUUAAAAAACAGAGAUGAUAGAAGAUAAUUUUCCAAAAAAAAAAACAAAAGGGAGAGGAACAAAUGAGAGUGUUGACAUAUCACGUUAUCGGAUUGAUUUUUAUGUCAUACACAAUAUGAUAUGAAGGUUAGGUGUAGUCAUGUGUUUCUUCCACCAAAAAAAAUGACAAAAAGACAAGGGGACAGGUUGUUGUGGCCUAGUGGGGAAGUGUGAGGGAGAAACGCGUCAGCUCACCCUACUUUUUUUUCCUUCUCUGGUUCAGGUAGGAAACAGAGCCACCCUUUUCAAUCAAGGUAAGCCAACUUGUAUGAGAAAGGAGAGCUAUUUUACUGCAAACUUCAUGGAGCCACAGCUUGGAUCUGGAUCUUCUUCUUCAAGUUCAAGUUAUGAUGUGUUUAUCAAUUUCAGAGGCAAAGACACUCGCAAUACCUUGGUUGGUCACCUUUACAGGGCUCUCAAGGAUCGUGGAAUCCAUGUUUUCAUGGACAGCAAAAAUCUGUGGAAAGGAGGAGAUAUUGGGCCGGAGCUUUUAAGGGCAAUUAAGGGAUCCAAGCUCUCGAUUGCUGUCUUCAGUGAAAGAUAUGCAGAAAGCAAAUGGUGCCUCAGGGAGCUUGUUCAAAUGCUGGAUUGUCAUACAAGCAUCGGUCAAAUCAUUUUCCCUAUUUUCUACAAAGUUAAGACAUCUGAUGUUAAGAAUCAUACUGCAAGUUUUAAGAUUUCACCUCAAAAACAUGGCAAAGAGACGCCCGAAACUCUGCAGAGAUGGAAGGACGCUUUGCGAGCGGUAGGUGAUAAGAGUGGAUGGGUUUUUGAGGAUGGGGAUGAUCAAUCAGAGCUAGUGGAGAAAGUUGUUCAAAAUGCUUGGAUUCGACUGAGUAGUGUCCCCUUGAUUGAUGUGAAACACCCUGUUGGAUUAGAAUCCCGUGUAAAAGAUGUAUUAUCUCUACUAUCAAAAACUAGUUCUGAUCAGGAUGUUCAGUUUCUAGGAAUAUGUGGUUCAGGUGGUAUUGGGAAGACAACCAUUGCGACAGCAGUAUACAAUCACAUCUUUAGAAAUUUUAGCAAGAGUUGUUUUCUUGAUGAAGUCGGAGAGAAAGCAUCACAACCCAACGGUAUUGAUUUAUUGCAAGAGAAGCUUCUUUAUAGAGUCUUUCGGGAGGAAAUUAAAUUAUGCAGCCCCAAAGAAGGAUCAAGAUUGAUAAAAGAAAGACUUGGGAAAAUAGAUAUUCUUCUGAUUCUUGAUAAUGUGAGCCAUCAUAGCCAAAUCGAUGCAUUGGCCAGUGAUAUCAGUUGGUUUGGUCCUCGAAGUAGGAUAAUUAUAACAACUAGAGAUCAUGGCAUUUUAGGUAGAAUUCCUCAAAAUAAUAGAAAAGUAUACGAGCCUAAUGAAUUGAAUACAGAGGAGAGUCUUCAAUUGUUUAGUUCUUAUGCUUUUUAUAUGGACCAACCUCCUGAAGAUUAUAUGCAGCUUUCAAUUCAUAUAGUGGACACAACAGGAGGGUUGCCCUUAGCCUUGGUGGUUUUGGGUUCUGAUUUAUCUAUAGAAAGGAAUAAAGAUGUAUGGAAAAGCAUGAUUCGGACGUUACAACAAGUUCCUCAUAAGGAUGUCUAUCGAAAGUUAAGGAUAAGCUAUGAUAAUUUGCACGAUGAUAUUGAGAAAAAAAUGUUUCUUGAUGUUGCAUGUUUUUUUCUAGAAAAUGAGGAAGAAAUCAUAAUUUCCAUAUGGGAGGCUUGUGGCUUUGAACCGAGAUACCAUUUAGAAGUUCUCAAGAGAAAAUCUCUCUUAAAUAUUAGUGAGCGGAAAAUGUGUACAAGUAUGCAUAUGACUAAAUCAAAAGUCUUGUUGAUGCAUGAUCAAAUUCGUGACAUGGGAAGACGAAUUGCCAACAGCCAAAGCCUUAUAGAACUUGGUAAUCAUAUCAGGUUAUGGUCUCGUGAAAAUAUCAUGAAAGUAUUAAACGGUGGUGAGUUGUUUCAACAAUUGAAAGUCCUUAAACUCAGUAGUUGUUUGAAUCUGUCUGAGUCUCCCGACUUCUCAGGAUUUCCCCAUUUGGAGAGGUUAUAUCUUGAUGGUUGCCGUUUCUUGGUUAAUUUACAUGAGUCCAUUGGGCAGCUUCAAUGGCUUGUGUACCUGAACUUGGACUUCUGCUUUUCUCUCGAGAAACUCCCGAACAGUAUAUGUGGGUUGAGUUCUCUCCAGAAGCUUAUACUCAGUAAUUGCUCUUUACUCAGAAAUUUGCCCGAGACUAUUGGUGAUCUAAAAGAAUCUUUGGUUGAGCUUUUCUUGGACUAUACAAUAAUUGAAGCAUUGCCUGAUGGUGUUGGACAGUUAAAAAAGCUGGAGGUAUUAGAUCUUUCAAAUUGCCUUGUGCUAGUGAGACUGCCAAGGUUAAUGGAAAAUAUGACAUCUUUACGUUACAUUCUCCUAGGUGGACGUGCCAAGCUUCGAUACAUACCAAAGUUGCCCUCUAGUUUAAUUGAAUUUCGUAUUUGUCAAUCGGUGGUAAGGUCAUGGGACAUGCAUAACAUAAAAAGGUUGGAGUUAUUGUGCCUCAAGAGUAUGUCCGUACAGGAAGAGCAGUUAAAAAGAGGAGUUGUGAGGAUAAGUUAUGGUGGAUUCAGUGUGCUAGAAUUGAUGUGUGGAGUCGAUCAAAUCUGUGUUCAUUAUUUGCGGCAAACGCAUGGCCAGGUCCCUACCUUACCAGCAUGUCGGUGGUAUAACAAUGAAAGCCGGAGACAAAUUUGGAUACGUUUGCAAGAGAGACAUGAAGAUCUGUUUCGUAAAUACCUGAUUCCUGAUGGUGAUGAGAUCUUUAGCAACAGGUUAAUUAUGCACGUUUCUAUGAGAGUCAGCGGAUUUGAUCGAUUACUUGCCGGCAUAGUGGAGGACGAUGUAGUACGAGUAAAUACAACUCUGAAAUUUGAAGCUCGUAUCCAUAGCCGCAAAGACCAAAAAAUAACCUAUUGUGAAACUAGGCUGAGAAUGGAAGACAUCGCAUUGAUGAAUCCAGCUUUCUACCAACAAGAAAAAAGUUUGACAAAUCCAGAUAGAGAAGCCUACUUUCACAAAUUGAAAGGGUUACUUUACAAUUUUGGUUUUGGUACAAAAGACGUCCACAAAUCGAAAGGGUUUGAUCAUCGAGAUAUAGAGGACUAUCACAAUUUGUUGGUAGAAAUUUAUCAACAAAAAGAGCACGAUCACAGUUUGGAAGGGGUUGAUUACCGAGAUUCAGAGCACGUUCACAGAUUCAAAGGGCUUGAUUGGUUCGGGUUUCAUUUGGAGUGUGGAGAUACCAUUGAGAUAUUAGAAAUAUAUCAAGAAAAUCUUCCUCAUGAUACUGAUGAUGAUGAUGAAGAAGAUGACCGUGAUCGUGGCUUCUAUUUCACUGUGACAGAUCUGAACCUCUUCCUAGUAAAAGAGGAGCCUAACCUGGAGAUGUUCAAUAAUCAAUCCAUUAGGUCUCUUGUUCCUGAGCAAGAAGAGGAGAAGACUAAUGAUUUUACGGGCGAUGCAGAGGGAGAGGAGAGGAGUAAUGAGAGCAUAAUAAACAUGCUCUUGAUGAAGAUGAUGGGGCUGGUCCUUCUCUGUUGCUCAACGAGUUAGUAUUCUGAAUACUGCAGCGAUUAUUGGGGAUCGCUUUUCUGGGGAACUGGUAGCUGAGAAGCAAGUGAAAGGAGCAUCAAAAGAGGACUAUCAGAGAUUUGCAAAAGCCACAUUUGGAUGGGCCUAUUGAACAUUAAAGAACGCGAACAACCACUGGAGUCUGGAGUGGAUGAUCCAAUUCAAAAUGGUUAUAUCAAGCUUUAGUUCAUGUCUUCUAUCUUCAUUUUGUUCUUGCUAUUGCUUGUUUGUAUAGGUGAGCUAACCGAUAUGGAUUAUGAGUUGCAGUCUAUUGGCUUGAGUGGCUAUUGGAUUUGAUCAAUAGCAAAUGGCUGAAACCUUUUGAAAUUCAGUAGACUAUGGAAUGAACAUCAGUCCAAGUUGAGA